AGAAGGUUGAACAACAAGCAACGCUGAUCCUGCCUCUAGCGCAAAUAAUUCCGAGCUGAGGAAGCAUUUUGCUUGGGCAUUAGUGAGAUUGGCUCGCCAUUCUUGGGGCUGAAUGAAAAUUCUGUCACCAGUGCCCGACAGGCCAUCUGCUGACUGCCUUGGUCUUCCAUCAAACAACGCGGAAACAGCAUUUCUGACUGUCUUUGACAAUGAUUGUCACAGUACAGACAGACACACUGUGAUCACAGCCCAUCCUUCAUGCUUGAAUUCACUUGAUGAAUCCUUUGGCAUCAUUAUUAGGCAUCAAUGCAUCAGUAAGGGUGGGAUAUGUGUUGCAUUGCAUCUCAACCUAGAAUCAACCUACCACGUGACAUACCAAGAGAUCUUGGUGGCUUUGCAUUUGGACAUUGAGGCACUUCAUCCACUUGUUCUCCUUCACAUUGGAGUAUAAAGAAAGCAGCCCCCCCUGUUUUUCAAGCGCUACAAUGGUUCGCCAUCAAAUGGUACCUAGCAUUCACAGAUCUAAGUGUGAAGCACCGAUAGCUAGAAAGCACCCGCCACCAGAAAACAUUGGGAGACAAACCAAGCGGACAAGAAGGGAGGAACAGGAAAAGGAGGAGCAAAAGCCAAAAUCUUGUCGCAAGAGCCUGCGAUUAAGCCAUAAAAAGCCCCUUGCAGCUAACUGUCCUACCGACUCCCACUACGCUCGAGAACAGAAAACCAGACCCAACCGUAAACGAUACUGCGAAAAUCAAACAUACCUAUCUGAUAAGCGGCCCCAAUUACUCACGUCGAAACCUGUUGAAACCCCUUCCGCGGAAGAGCGAGUUAAUAUAAGCAACUUGAGCAAGGCCGACCUGAUUGGGUAUUGCCUCGCUACGAGCACGAAUACACCCGGCCAAGAAUCAAGGGAAGGAAAGAGUGCCAAGUACAGAAGAGCGACCUAUGAAACCGUCCUCGCCACUCUAGGCAGCUAUAUGCGCAAGUCAGAGCUAGGGAUAACAGAUAAAAGUAAGAAUAUUUGCAAAAAUUUGCUGGAGAAUGAACAACCUACUCCUGAGAACACAUUAUUUCGAGAUGAUACCUUUGAGGAAUUUUGCCAAAGGCUACAGGGAAAAAAUGAGCCAAGGGUUAUACAGGAUAUAGCUCGAUUGAUUGUCCCUUCGGCAGAAUCUCUUGCGGUUGACGGGGCCAAAGAUCUGAGGCAUCUAGUUGAAAGUGUCAAUGAGACGUGGGGCUCCUCUAUUCCCUUCUGUGGACCACGCCCGCAGCCUGAUUAUGCGGUCGGGUUCGGCCGAUCUGCAUUCACGGAUGACCAGCUGAAGAAAUUUGAGCCGUUCCUCGGCUACAACCCAGACUCCUACAGCUCCUUCUUCCUGGCUACCUUCUACAUGUACUUCCCCUUCCUGACCUGCGAGGUGAAGGGUACCGCUGCGCUUGAUGUCGCCGAUCGACAGAAUGCACACAGCAUGACCCUCGCCGUGCAGGGCAUUGUUGAACUGUUCAGGCUUGUAAAGCGUGAAGAAGAGGUUAAUCGGGAGAUCCUAGCGUUUUCAAUCUCGCAUGACCACAGAACAGUGAGAAUAUACGGCCAUUACGCGAUCGUCAAGGAAGAGAAGACUGAAUACUAUCGCCAUCCGAUACAUACUUUCGAUUUUACUGCCUUAGAUGGCAAAGAAAAGUGGACAGCGUACAGGUUUACGAGGAACAUAUAUGAGAAAUGGGCCCCAAACCACCUGAACACUAUUCUCUCGGCUCUUGACGAGAUACCUCCGGGGGUAAAUUUUGACAUAUCGGACCCUGGAGACUCCCUGACUAAUGCCCCAUCCUUUGUUGAUGCGAAUAGCCAGGCGAGUUUCGCGCACUCUAUGGAAGUUACACCCAAUACAUCAUUUACUCAGCAGACCCUGAAGCGGCAGAGGAAGCAGUAA